AUGUCGAACGAGUUGCCUAAGAAGACCGAGGUCAAUGAGCCGGUCGCGGAGGAACAGCACCAGGGAGAGGUGAUCAACGCCUCUGGUCAUCGUCAAGAGGUGGACCGGAACUUCAGCCUUAUCAGUUUGUGUGCUAUCGCCGUCACUACUGGUAACACUUGGAUUGCCCAGGGUGGAAGUGUUGUGACUGCUUUGAGUAAUGGUGGUCUGGCCGGAUGUAUCUAUGAAUUCAUCGCGGUUUCAAUUUGCUACUGGAUGGUCGCCGCCUCCCUGGCUGAGCUAGCAUCCGGCAUGCCGUCGGCUAGUGGUGUGUACCACUGGGCUUCUAUCACCGCCGGCAAAUACGGUCGUGUCUGUGGAUUCUUCGCUGGAUGGUGGAACUGCCUGGCUUGGAUUUUAGGUGCCGCCUCUAUGUCUCUCAUUAUGGCGCAGCAAACCGUUUCGAUGUAUGCUCUGAUGAACCCCAACUUCACUGUGCAGCCCUGGAACACCUUCAUCAGCUUCCUCCUCUGCACCUGGGUGUGCUGCUGUAUCGUCCUUUUCAUGAACCGCAUGUUGCCUUACAUUGGUAACCUUGGAAUGUUUUUCAUUCUUGCCGGUGUGUUCGUCACGAUUCUCGUGUGUGCUAUCAUGCCUCAUGUCAAUGGCGUUGGGUACAAGUCCAGUCAUGAUAUCUGGGAGAAUUGGACCAACGGAACCAGCUACAAGCAGGAGGGUUUCGUGUUUGUGAUGGGUAUGCUUAACGGCGCUUACAGUGUCGGUACCCCUGAUUGCUCUUCUCACUUGGCUGAAGAGAUUCCUCACCCCAGCCGCAACAUCCCCAAGGCUAUCUUGGCUCAAAUGGGCGUGGGUUUUAUCACCGGUAUCCUUUACAUGAUUGCCAUUUUCUACUCCAUCCAAGACCUUUAUUUGGUUUCCCACAGCGCAUACAACUUCCCCCUUGCGGAGAUCUACUACCAGGCUACCGGAACUCGAGGCGGUGCUCUGGGUCUUUUGAUUGUCGCCUUCAUUCCAACUUUGAUCACCGCAACUGGUUGUUACAUCACUGCUGGUCGCACUCUUUGGACCCUUGCCCGCGAUCGUGCCACUCCUUUCCCCAACUGGUUGGGUCAUAUUAACACCAGCUUCAACAACCCGUUCAACGCUACCCUCGUUUGCGGCUGCUCCGUCACCGUCCUUGCUUGCAUCUACCUAGGUUCCUCCACUGCCUUCAACGCCUUCGUUGGAUGCUUUGUUCAGCUGUCCAGUCUUUCAUACUUCAUGGCCAUCUUCCCUCACGUGCUGAGCAAGCGCAACUCCUUCGUUCCCGGCUUCUUCUUCAUGAACAACAAGAUCGGCUACGUCAUCAACUCUCUCGCAUGCGUGUACAUCAUCACUUUCGUUGUUAUCUUCUGCUUCCCUUACACUCUUCCCACCACUGCUAGCACCAUGAACUACGCCUCUCUGAUGACAGGUGGUUUGACCAUUUUCGUCACUGUCUGGUGGUUCGUUCGCCAGGGCUCUUACGAAGGUCCUAAGAAUGUGCCAUUGACCGACAAGGCUCUCGCAGAGGAUGCUCAGUAA